AUGCCACCUAGCACAUUGAUGAUACCACCCAGCGCAUGGAUGAUACCACCUAGCGCAUUGAUGAUACCACCUAGCACAUUGAUGAUACCACCCAGCGCAUGGAUGAUACCACCUAGCGCAUUGAUGAUACCACCUAGCACAUUGAUGAUACAACCUAGCGCAUUGAUGAUGCCACCUAGCGCAUUGAUGAUACCACAUAGCACAUUGAUGAUACCACCUACCACAUUAAUGAGACCACCCAGCGCAUGGAUGAUACCACCUAGCACAUUGAUGAUACAACCUAGCACAUUGAUGAUACCACCUAGCGCAUUGAUGAUGCCACCUAGCACAUUGAUGAUACCACCCAGCGCAUGGAUGAUACCACCUGGCGCAUUGAUGAUACCACCUAGCACAUUGAUGAUACCACCCAGCACAUGGAUGAUACCACCUAGCGCAUUGAUGAUACCACCAAGCGCAUUGCUGAUUCACCUAGCGCAUUGA